AUGUCCCACCGGGCCCCAGGGUGCAAGAGGGCGGAGUCUAAUUCAAGAGAUCUUGGGGCCUGCUGGGAUGGCGGCAGAGGCGGCAGAGGCAGGGGCUGGAGCGGCCCCUCAGGCCCUCGGGGACCUAGAGCAGCUGGCUCCGGUGAACCACCACUGAGCUUUAAGAUAAAGAACGAUAUGGUUGGUGCGGUAAUUGGUCGCUGCGGAUACAAAAUAAAAUCCCUAGAACAGUCAACAAACACCUCAAUACACAUCGUAAAGGGGGCAUCUGAAGCAGAAGUAAACAUUUUUGGUAACAGGGAAAUGAAAGCAAACGCCAAAGCAGCCAUAGAGACUCUUAUUAGAAAACAAGAAAGCUACACCUCAGAAUCCAGCGUUACUAAUGCUGCAUUCCAACCCCCUAUUGGAAGAAAUGGACGCAGAAAUGACAGUGUUAGAGAAGCGCGGCCAUCGUUAGAUUGGGAUCGAAUUAGGGCAGUCCGCCUGGAGAGGGAAAGGAGCAAAUGGGCAGAUCUACCACCAAUUAAGAAAAACUUUUACAUAGAAUCCAAGGCAACAAGCUCCAUGUCUGAAAUGCAGGUGAUUAAAUGGAGAAAGGAAAAUUGCGAUGUAACGUGUGAUGACUUGAAAAACGGUGAAAAGCGUGUCAUCCCCAAACCCGCUUGUACGUUUGAAGACGCUUUUCGGCAACACCCUGAUCUUUUGAAAAGCAUACGAAGGGCAGGAUUUACAAAGCCAACACCAGUUCAAUCCCAAGCAUGGCCAAUUAUUCUACAAGGAAUAGAUCUUAUAGGAAUUGCGCAAACUGGAACGGGGAAAACGUUGUCCUAUUUAAUGCCUGGGUUUAUUCAUCUUGAUUCUCAACCAAUAGCUAGAGAGCAAAGGAAUGGUCCUGGGAUGCUGGUUCUUACACCCACUAGAGAGUUGGCUCUUCGGGUGAAAGCUGAAUGUUCAAAGUACUCAUAUGAAGGUCUUAAAAGCAUCUGCAUAUAUGGUGGUCGAAACAGACAAGAGCAAAUAGAAGACAUUAGGAAAGGUGUGGAUAUCAUUGUGGCCACUCCUGGGAGGCUGAAUUACCUACAGAUGAAUAACUCUGUCAGCCUAAGAAGCGUAACCUACUUAGUUAUGGAUGAGGCAGAUAAAAUGCUGGAUAUGGGAUUUGAACCCCAGAUAAUGAAGAUUUUAUUGGAUGUGCGCCCAGACCGGCAGACUGUCAUGACAAGUGCAGCUUGGCCAGAUACCGUUCAUCGACUGGCACGUUCUUAUUUGAAAGAUCCUAUGAUGGUUUAUCUUGGUACUCUGAAUCUCACUACCGCAAAUGCAGUGAAGCAAAAUAUAAUCGUUACCACAGAAAAAGGAAAACGAGCUUUCGUCCAAGAAUUCAUAGAGAACCUGAUGCCAAACGACAAAGUCAUCAUGUUUGUCAGCCGAAAAUGUAUUGCUGAUGACUUAUCGAGCGACUUCAAUAUCCUAGGCGUAUCUGCAGAAGCACUGCAUGGCAACAGAGAUCAGAGUGACCGAGAACGAGCAUUUGAGGACUUUGAAAGUGGAAACAUAAAGCUACUGCUUGCAACCGAUUUAACUGAUUUAACAGCCAGAGGCCUUGAUGUUAAUGAUGUCACACAUGUCUAUAAUUACGAUUUCCCACUGAAUGUAGAAGAAUACAUCCACAGAGUAGGGCGCACUGGACAGGCAGGAAGGACGGGCACAUCAGUUUCUCUCAUCACUCAGAGAGAUUCGAAAAUGGCUAGUGAAUUGAUUAAAAUUCUGGAAAGGGAAAAUCAGAGUGUUCCAGAAGAUCUGGUACUAAUGGCUGAGGAAUACAAGUUAAAUCAACAAAAGAGAGACACAGAGAAACAACCAAGAAAACCUGGACAAAGACGCAAGGAGUUUUAUUGA